AUGCUAGCCGCCGGCGGCUUCUACCAUGCACUUCUAUCCAAACACUAUACAGGGCCCCAAAGAACCGUUAAGGUCGUUUACAGUUCUCGGACGGGUACCUCUAUGAAGGCAGCUAGGCGGCUUAAGGCUGCCCUCGAGUCGAGCACGACUCGGGUAAUUCUACUUCCGAUCGAUCAAUAUGCCUAUGAGGAACUCUGUGAAGAAUCGUAUCUCGUGCUUUUACUUUCGACCGAUUCAGAGGGGUCACCUCUGCCGAAUGCUAAGAGUUUCACUGAGCAGUUGAAGGAUGCUGUCUACGACUUUAGAGUUGAUAAGAAUUUGUUGGAAAAGUGUCGAGUGGCUGUUAUUGGAUUCGGAUCGGAGGAGUAUCCGGCCAAGUACUAUUGUAAAGUAGCGAAGAACUGCGAUGACUGGUUGGCUAAACUGGGCGCUCAAAGAAUAUGUCCUUUACUCUGUGUGAAUGACGCUAAAGAGGUCGACAAGCAGGUCGGCAGAUGUAUCGAUUUGAUCACGAAGGCGUAUAGCAGAAUGGACAAGGCAUCCUCAGAGGCACAGACUGCCGACCUCGAAGAUGAGGUUGGGUCGGUGGCAUCUGAGGAAUCUACCAGUGAUACUGAUGAUGAUGUUGAGGAUGCUAGUGAAGGAUGUGGUAGCAAUCGUAAGGAGAUGGUUACUAAGAAGCAUCGAGCGGCUCUCACAAGAGAAGGAUACCGUCUUGUAGGCAGCCAUAGUGCAGUGAAGUUGUGCAGAUGGACGAAGCAUCAGGUCCGAGGACGAGGGGGGUGUUAUAAGCAUUCCUUCUAUGGCAUCGAGUCGCAUCAAUGCAUGGAGGCUACUGCUAGUCUAGCAUGCGCUAAUAAGUGUGUAUUCUGUUGGAGACACCAUCGGAACCCAGUGGGCCGGUCAUGGACGUGGGCUCAGGACCCUCCGGAAGAGAUAGUAGAGGGUUGGCUGGGUAACCAUAGUGGUCUGAUAAAGCAGUUAAAGGGCGUCCCCGGGGUCACACCUGAACGCUUUGAAGAGGCUAAGAGAGUCCGUCAUUGCGCUUUGAGUCUUGUUGGCGAGCCGAUUAUUUAUCCCCAAAUCAAUACGGCGCUGGACCUCCUACAUCAAAAUGGUAUAUCGACGUUUAUGGUCACCAAUGGACAGUUCCCGGAGGCUAUAAGAUCGCUAAUUCCAGUGACGCAGUUGUAUGUUUCCGUUGACGCGUCAAACGCUAAGGAGAUGAAGGCGAUCGAUCGGCCUUUAUUUGAGGACUUCUGGGAUCGCUUUAUCGACUCGUUGACAGCCCUCAAGCACAAGAAGCAACGCACUGUGUACCGCAUGACGCUGGUGAAGGGCUACAACAUAUCGGCGGCCUCGGAAUAUGCGGAGUUGCUGCACCUAGGACACCCACAUUUUCUGGAGAUUAAAGCGGUUACGUUCUGUGGCAAGGGAGAUGGGUCUGCCCAGAUGACCAUGGAAAACGUACCUUGGUUCGAUGAAGUAGUUGAGUUCGCUGAGGCUAUGUUGGAUUCAUCUGAUUGGGUGAAGGAGCGGUAUGAGAUCGCGUGUACUCAUCGUCAUUCCUGUACUGUAUUGAUUGCUCAGAAGUCCUUCAAAGUUGAUGGUGUAUGGCAUACGUGGAUAAACUAUGAUAAGUUCACUGAGCUGGCAUUGGAGUACUCUAAGACUGGCAAGCCCUUCUCAGUGGAGGACUACUGGGCUCCUACUCCUGCGUGGGCUGUGUACGGCGCCGAGGAGGAGGGGUUUGAUCCUGAGAUGAAGAGGCAUUAUCGAAAUGGGAAAACAGCAGAGUUGGGGAAGCAAAUUCGAGCGCGACAACUGCGCGAGGAAAGAGAAAAAGCUGCUGAAUGUGGGUUUGGGUCCUUGGCGGCGCAGGGCCGGGGUCUGGACCGCUCUAGUGUUGAUAGCUAUUUUGUGGUCAUCUCUACGGUGGUAAUCCUGAAGGUUGCUGUGGAGGAGCUUGCCAGGGUGAGUAACUCGAUUGUUGUUCAAUAG